UACUGCUCNCGGGCAAAGUUGAAGCCACUUUCUUGGUUGAACACUAUGCAAUUACCGCUUAAAAACGUCUACACGAGACUGAAGAUUAUCUCAAGAAGAAAAGCAGACUUCCAGGUUGAAAAUGAAGAGUUGGGCAUGUACGACAUCUUCCAGGCCCUUGGCGAAAGCGAGGAUGUCAAAAUGACAUUAGCAGAGGGAAGUCCAGGAACCGGUAAAACUACGUUUUGCCUCAAACUUGCUUAUGACUGGGCACGUGGAGAAAUGCCAACUAAUUGUUCCUUUCCUAAAUUCGAAUUUGUACUGCUCCUUAAAUGUCGAGACAUAAACGGAGAUCUGAUGGAAACUAUCAAAGAACAGCUUUUGCCGGAAGAUAUCAAGGAGGAGACCUGGACAAAGCUGUCUGACUUCAUCACGGAUAUUGAUAACCAGGAGAGAAUUUUAAUUAUUCUGGAUGGUCUGGAUGAGCUUCCAGAAAAGUCACGACCAUGUGUUUAUAAACUUCUCAACAGAAGAAUUUUACCAUUUUGUUAUGUCCUGGCUACAUCCCGGCAGGAAACAGGAAUUGAAGUUCGUAAAAACUGCGAAUUUGAUCUUCUUCUGGAGAUCAAAGGAUUUACAGACGAAGAUGCCUUUCAGUACGUCAGGAAGCAUUUUGAAAACAUCGGUCCGAAGCAGACAUCGAAAGGAGAAAGUCUGAUAGUGGAAAUUAAAGAAAACGAUUUAUUGAAUGCGCUCCGAAAUAACCCGCUUAAUUUAAUCCUCCUGUGUGUUGUUUAUGAAGACUACAAAGGAAAACUACCAACUGCCCGAACCGAACUUUACCAAGUCGUUGUCCAGUGCCUUUUGAGGCGUUAUUGUGCCAAACACUGCCUUGUGGCCCCAGAGGAAAACAGCGCCUUAGAGAAGCAGUUUGAAGAAAACAUUCUUGCCCUUGGAGAGCUAGCUUGGCUUUGUCUACUUGGUGAACGUCACGGGUUUCGUGAAAGUGAAUUAGCCGCACUUGAAAUCAGAUACAAAGGAUUGGUAGCUCGUGACAUAGGUCUUCUUUACAAGGAAGAAAGUCUGAGGAGGUUAAAGCCUCAACAUGAGUACUUUUUUCUUCACAAGACCUUCCAAGAGUACCUGGCUGCCGCCUUUAUUGCUCACAAACUGCGAAAACACGAAUUAAAUGUGUUUGAGCGGUUGAGUUUUUGCGACCUGGUGUUAAAGUAUCGAGAAGUGUUUCUUUUUGCCUCAGGUUUACUGGAGAGAGAGGCAACUAUUCUAUUUGCGCAGAUUGGCGAGGAGCUGAAGAACUGGGGGGAUUGGGACUGGGACAGUUGCACACAGUUAGACAUAGUGAACAGUAAAGAAGACUGGUAUUACGACCGUCAACAGCGAGGUGAAGCGGCGGCAAGUUUCUUCGCAGAAAGCUUCAGUGAAACUGGACGAGGUGAGCAAAUGGUAGUCACUCUUUGUUCCUAUAUACCCUUUCCACAGCAUAUUGAGGUCAAUCUCUCUUUGAAACCAGUCGUUGAGAGAAUUAAUGAGGCGAGUGGUAAUAUAUUCGAAGUCUUAGAAUCCUGUAACAGCUUUCAAAAUCUACAAAAGCCUGUUGACGUCACCGUUCACGAUUCAUUUGACAAUAAAUGGGAUUAUGAGACUUUUGCAAAGUACAUACAAUCCUGCUCACAGCUUCAGAUUCUUACCCUUUAUAGCCCUGCGGUGACAUCAGACCUGGCUAAAGUCUUACAUAGCGGCCUAUCUGGAAACACGACUUUGUCAGAGUUUACACUACAAGUCUCUGGCAGUAUCCCCUGUGACGCAGCUGUUGUCAUCGGUGAAUGGUUAGCUGCUACUAAAUCUUUAAAGGAAGUAACGUUUCUUCUUGACGUGGUACAGGAUGAGACUUGGGCCAGUGCUAUUGAAACUGGAUUGUGUGCGGACACCGCUUUUACCUCUGUGGUCCUCGAGGUUCGUGGUCCAAUGAGUAACACUGCGAUCCAUGCUUUAGGAAGGCUUUCAUCAAAUGAAGCUAUGACCUCAUUUUCUCUGAAUAAUUAUGGAGAUUUGCAAGAUUUGACAGCUGCUGUUAUUAGUAGAGGAAUUGCACGGCAAACUGCACUCGAGUCAUUGGAUGUAAGUGUUAACGGCAACCUUAGUCUCUCUGGUGCGAAUGUUCUACAAAGCUGUCUCGUAGAAAAUCGCUCCUUAAAUAAUUUAAAACUGUUUGUCCGUGGAGAGAUUCCUGACAACUGGCAAUCUGUUUUGGAAAAUCUUCGUUUGGUAAAGGAAUCAGUUAACUGUGCUUUUCAUCCAGACCCUGGCGGCAGUGUUACAUCUAAUCAAGUGGCGCAUUUUCGUCCUGCUGUGGUCGAGAAUGGGUUGGAAACAAAACAGCACCUAACUGUAGUCAUUUGGGGAGAGCUGAAGUGUAAUGGAGCAGAAGCUUUAUGUGAGGUCUUGGUGCGUGUCCCCCUGACAAGCCUGACUUUAAAAGUGCACGGAAAAUUAAGUAAUGGUGUUGCUGAUAUUAUUGCAAGAUAUGUCAGACAACAAAAUACACUAUCCUCCCUGGCAAUCGAUACUUGGAACGAGCCGGACCAAAGGACAGGAACUUUACUUCAGGGCCUAUCAAAUGACAACGUAACCGUUCAAGUGAAAUUGCAUGAGGUUAAUUUAAAUCCCAAUGAAUCGUUCAGAAUUCCUGAUCUCUUAAUUGAUAGUCCGGCAUCUUUGACACCAGUUUUCUCAGAAGUCAAGAAAACUAGAAAGGAGAAGAUCGCCCUUAGAAUCGUUAACGACGGUGAAGUAACUAAAGACUGGCCACAUCUUUUAGGUGAUGCUUUGGCAGAAAACAUGACUCUAACUGCGCUUGAUCUUACAGUCAACAACUACAUAGAGAACAAAGAGUUGGGGAGAGAACUGGGGAUUAGUUUGUUGCGUAGCUGUUCACUGACAGUUUUAAAUCUGGCAAUCAUCAAUUACAGUAACAUUGAGGAUGGCUGGGAAUGCACACUGGUCAACAGCUUGGCUAGAAUGGCUUCAUUAACCACACUCAGUCUUGCAAUCGACGAUCGUGGCGGGGAGAGGAAAUGUGAAAGUGAAAAUGACGAUUUGAUCGCAUUGAAGUCCUUGACUACACUUUCCGUUGUUAUGAAUGGUAGCAAUUUAGAUGAAUUCUGGAGCAACUUUCUUAGAAAAUGUUUAGAAGGAAACGCCUCACUGAAAAAACUCUGUCUUGUAGCUAACAAUGUUGAGUCCGAUAUCGAUUUCUUAGAAGAUACAAUUGGAAUGCCAGAGUAUUGGGGAGAAGGUCUCGCUGAUGGUCUGGCAAGAACGACAUCAUUAAAUGAUUUAGCCUUAACAAUUAACAACAUUACUUCUACUGAUUACUACUGGGCAACCAGUGUCUGUAAUGGACUGUCUAAUAAUGAGUCGGUGACUAAUCUCGCUGUGACAGUCAGUGAUUACCAU